AGCGUCAAACCAAUUCCACCUUCGCUUACACCUAACGAAGCUAAAUUUAUAGCCGAUAUAGCGGUACCUGGAAUAAAUAAACUAUCUAGAAAUGCGACAGAAAUUAAAGUUACUGAAGACCAGAUAGAAAUUCAUGAGAAAUACGACUUGUCGGGAUUCACAUUUGACGUUGCCAAGAUUACACUUAAAGAACCGUUGGAGUUCAAUGACAACGUUGGCAGCAUCGAUUUGGUGGACAAACAUUACAAAUUGAAUGACCCGUCCGAAAUAGUCUCUGUCUAUGGUGAUAUGGUAUUGGAUGGAGCAGAGAGAACGAGACGUUAUGAUACAAAGUAUUUGAAUAGCGCCAUUUGCGAAUCGAAAUAUGGCGCUCUAUUUGAUGCAAAUCAUUUGAUGUGUUACACUUUUGAUGAGAGUAUGGGAACUCCCUCUACGUUUGGAGGACCGAUGAUUUCGAAGAAGAAUAACAAACUCGUGGGCAUGACCAUAUUUCGUUCGCGUGGUAAGCCAGUUGUUUUUCAACCAAUUGCACCGUUGCUCGAUUGGAUCCGGAAGCCAAAG